UAAGUCUGGUUACCACAUCCAGGCCUAUAGAGAAUACAUCUGGAUUGAAACCUUAUACAAAUGCGUCAGUAAGGGCAUCUGCCACAAAGGUCCUUCCUCACCUGAAACCUGUACAAGCAAGAUACGGUAACGUAAGACCAAGCUCCUCUUUGUGGGUCACUGAUGCAUCGGGAGUGACGCAGCAGUUGCAGCCGCCUCCAGAAGGCAAAUUUACACAGCAGGAACAGGGAACCUGUUGGAGAAGACAGCAGUGAAGAAGGAAGAUGGCAAUGGCCCGGUCUGAGCCAAAGGGUGAAGAGGAGCCGUGAUGUCACUCUGCCUUCCUCCUCCAAAGCAAACACCAGAGACUUCCAGAGCGGCAAACACAGGCCCAGCGAGACCUUCUCCACAGAGACCCUUUUGCUGUGGCAGGACAGAAGUGGGGCAGCCAGAGGAGGGCAGGGUAGAUCCAGCCCAGGACCUGGGCUGCAUGGAAAGAGGCGAAGGACGUUGGAGCUGGAGUCAUCUGCGCACAGAGAGGGAGGGAGAGGAAGAAAGACGUCAGAAAAAAAGCUCUGCUUCUGACAACACCACCGUUCAGCGACCAUCACUGAAAGAAAACUACUUUCGCCUUGCUCCUGCAAAACUGUUUUUCACGUAUAGUUGGUAAUACUGAGAUCUGUACGAGAGGGAUACUGCAUGACACUGCUUCCUGUUCGCCCUGCAUCAUUUUCUCUGAUUUACUAAAGAUGACAGUGGUGUCUCCAUGCACUCACAACCUGAUGGAUACCGCCCACCCUCACACCGUGCUUAGCAAGCUCAAUGAGCAGCGCUCACAGGGCCUCUUCUGUGAUGUCACCAUCGUGGUGGAGGAUGUUAAGUUCCGGGCCCACAAGAACAUCCUGGCAGCCUGCAGUGGCUACUUCAGGAACGCCCUGACAGCUCCGGAAACAUGGAGCUCCGGACAAGUGCUGGAGCUGAUGGACCUGAAGUCAGAGGUGUUCGCUAGUAUCCUCAACUUCAUCUACUGCUCAAAGGUGACCUCACCUGCUGCAGAGGACACAGGUGGACUGGUGGCAGCUGGAAAAAGACUCGGAAUUCCUUUUUUAGAGAAGCUGGCAGAACAAGGGCGACAGGACGAGUCCAGCACAGCAUCCGUGUCUAAGAAUACAAAGAAGGAGGCUCCCAGGCCCGUGGAGAUAGACAGUACUAGAGGGCCACGCAUCACCAACGCCUUCUCCAUCACUGAAGUGUGCCCUGGGAACAAUCCUUUCACCCCUCUGGCUCAAACCAGCGUGGAGAGGCAGUCACCGGACGUGGGACAGCUCCCGUUAAGUUGCCCCACAACGUCCUGCCUCAGCGGGAACAAUGAGACCGCCCACGCCCUUUCAGAGCACUCAUAUGCAGUUUGCAAAUCUACUGAAGACAGCAGUCCGUUGGAAAACACGACGGUCUGUAAGCCGGCAAUGUCACAGCCAAAGCAACUCAUAUACAAGAACAUAGGCCCGCUCAAAAAGCGUCACAGGCUGAGAGGCAUUGUGGGUAGAACGCUACUUCCAGCACCUGCUGCACCACACACAGACAAACCAAAUACAGUAACCCCCACGUUAGUUGAUGGUGUCACUGCAGCACCUGUUGCAGCCGUGACACCGCCACCACUGUUUUCAGAGGUAGAGAGAGAAAAGAGUGUGGACCUGGGGCCAACGUCAGCUACUGACAAUGUUCAAAUGGAGUUAGGCCCACCAACCCUUUCCCCUCACACUGAAGACAGCAUCUCAAUCUACGGGUGCGAGCAAUGUCCAGAGAUAUUCACAAAUAAAGCUCUCCUCACAGUUCACUCAGAAGUACAUAAAAAGCGUUUUGUCAGUCAUUUGUUUUGCAAGUUUUGCCGCAGAAAGUUCAUACACCUGAAACGGCUGCGCAACCACGAGCAGGUCUGUCCUAAGGCGGCAACAGACCCGCCUAAAUUAGAAGCUCCUGACAUAACAGUCAAUGAGAUGAGCCACCAUUCAGAUGAAAUGGAGAGCAUCAAAACACAACUUCCUUCUUCUGCUGACCUCUCCACCCCUCACACACCAGAUCCCCUUGAAAUGGACCAAUCAGAGCCUCCACAGCAUGAGAAGGCAGCGAGGCCCGGUGGCAAGCAGAGGAGAUACAACUGCAGCAUGUGCAAACGGGUCUAUGUCACCCUAUCCAGUCUGAAGCGGCAUGAGAAUGUACAUUCUUGGCAGAGGGCCUAUCCCUGUCAUUACUGUAAUAAAGUGUUUGCCUUGGCAGAAUACCGCACAAAGCAUGAAAUAUGGCACACAGGUGAACGACGCUAUCAAUGCAUUUUCUGCCUGGAAACAUUCAUGACAUACUAUAUCUUGAAAAACCAUCAGAAGUCUUUUCACGGCAUUGAUCCCAGUUUAGCUAUCAAGAGGAAAUCUGCCAAUGGCGGGCUGAAAGCCAGCGUGUACCCAAUAAAGCUCUACAGGCUCCUGCCUAUGAGGUUCAGAAAGAGAAAAUACAAGACGUACAGUCAGACGUAUUCAGAGAGUGCUGAGAAAAGUGACCAAGAUGCACAGGAGAGUAGCUCUCUCAUCCCUCCAUUAGAAGAAAACGGUCUGAUCAGCCACCCUGAUGCUGUGUCGUUCCCUCUCACGUUCAUGGCCACGACAAAGACAGUGGCCCCUAUUAUUCCUCGCAUCAGCUUUGACAAGCUCUGUGACCAAGAUGUUGAUCAUAAUUUGAACAGCGAAUCCGAAAUUCAGAGAGAUGCAAGAAAAGAGGCUGAAAGUAAAGAUUCACCCUUCAUUAACUACAACAGUACCUUCUCUCUACAACACGACACAGAAGCAUACAAAGACGAUCCACCGCUGCUUAUGAACUCAGAGUACCUCAGUCAUAACGUGCCAUUCUUAAACUCUCUGAACACUGUUAAAAAGUUAGGUGAGCUGUCAGCUUCUGCAAAAAGAGUUGAGGACAUGACCAAGGAGAUACUUCAGUCAGGCACAGAGAGUCUAGUGCGUGAUAGAACAGUGGGGUCAAAGACAGAAACAUAUAUCGCCAAACCCGCGUGUCCGGGGCCAUCACUGGAUGGUGAUUCAAUGCCACUCUGUCAGAUAACAGUGAAAAUAGGCAAUGAGGCUAUCAUCCGCCGCAGAAUCAAAGGAUCUAAGCUCUUCCCCAGAAAGAAACGGAGAGUCCGAGAAUUGAGUGAGGAGGAGAGUCUGAGUCAGUCUCCUCCAACGAGAGAGAGCUCAGAAAGCCCCAGGCUCCGCCUCAGAUCAGAAGCCACCACCGUGGAGCCAGAGACAUACGAGGAUCCCAAUGACUGCGACACCGCUGAUAAGCUCUGGCGUCCCUACUACUCUUACAAAGCUAAGAAGAAGAGGAAGAAGAUGAGAUUCUUUCACCGGUACGGUGAAACAUCUGUGGAUAGAUCUGGUGCAGCCGAGGCCCCGUUGGAUAGAAGCAGCUGGCUGACAGAGGAGAACAGCUCAGGUGGCAGUGCAGAGGUGAAACGCAGUCUGAGCAGGAACUGCAGCCCGAGGGCCACCUACAGCUGUGACAUCUGUGACAGCUCCUUCAUUACAGAGACCGGCCUGAGAGCUCACGUUAUUGGUUCCCACCCAUGUUUUUGCCUGACGUGCGGUAAACAAGGUCCCCCUGGUGAAGCACCCGCUGGCAGGGAUUACAUCUGCAACAGCUGCAUGGAAAGUGGCUCCUGCUUUGACAAUUCACCCCGGAGCCCCAACCCAGAGAAGAAGUAUCGCUGUUCCUUCUGUCCCCAGCGCUUCCUCUACCUUGCCACUAAGAGAAGCCAUGAGAAGAAACACCAGGACACAAAUGAAGAGGGAUAUAACUACGACAACUUCAUGCCAUCUUCUGAAUACUUAAGUGAAGAUAAUAAACAAGACACCAUCAAAACAGAGGGGAGUGACAUUGACAUAAUGAAUGAAAGGGAGAAAGGAGGACAUUUUUCAAAUAAUAAAAUUAAACCUAAAAUCGAGGAUACAACUGACUUCAUGCCUUUGGCUACAUACCAGGACAUGUCACAUUCCAGCAUUAAAGGUCCAUUAUCACCAUGCAUUGACCCACUGUUUCCCCUGGCAUCCUCUAAGGUGAAACACAAAAUGGUAAAACAGCGCUCUAUGCAUCUCAUGUCAAAAAAGCAAGCCAGUGUCAUAGACAGCGACAGCAGCAAGGACAUUUUGACGGGGCCGAGAACGAACAGUCACAGUGAUCGAGAGAAGUCCUAUAAACUGUUUAAGAAAAAUGACUCAGAGAGUAAAUGUAGCCACAUUUCUAUACACAAGCCAGAGAAAUGGGUCUGCAAGGAGGAGCCAUUUUUUUAAAGAUAUAUCUAUCGUCUAUAGGCAAAAGAGAAAGUGAAUGGAGUUUGACUGUGAGCCUCUGCUUCAGUUAAGAGCAUAGACUGUAUAUAAAGAUGGACGACGUGUCUCCACUUCCUCCCUCUAUCCAGAAACGAAGCCCAAAUAUCCCGGAUAUGAACAUUUUGCGUGUUUGCAACCAGAGUCGGGGGAUGGAGCUGCGGUAACGACGUCUCACAGACACACAUGUUCAACCAAUCACGAGUCAGUCUCAGCUGCCAUGUCAUGAUGUCUUACCCCAUUUUCAUAGCAUUAAAAUAAACGGUUAAACCCAAAACUUUAAGAAAAAUGAGCACUUACAUAUAUUAGUGUGCUAAAAACUACCUAAUCUUUGAGAACAUUUUAUUUGACGUGUACUUUGACUUUUUGGUUUGGCUCAUGUCACAUCCACUAACAUGGAGGAGGCGGGAUUUUAUUACCUGUAGUGCAGCCAACCACCAGGGACCACCAUUAAGACGUUUCGGUUAAACUUUUUGGGAGCUGUCAUGUCAUCCAUGUUUAUAUACAGUCUGUAAGAGAUGUAAAAUGUGCAAUGUUGUAUUUUGCAGCUGAGCAGGAUGUAAUAUCAGUGUGGGCCCUUUCCUCCUAAACUCAACAUCCGAGUCCAUGGUCCAUUGUCUAUGCAUAUGAGGCAGAAUCAGUGACAUGACUGUAACCUCGAGAAAAGAAAUGAUGUGCAAUUUCAGAAUAGGGGUGGGACGUGCGGACAACUGAAAAGCUGUCUAGUGUGGUGACCUCUUCACGUUUGUCUGUCUGGGUAAAACAACAUGAUCUUUUUUUUGGGGGUCACAUUUCUAAUUCGUCCAUUGAGUUAACAGGUUUAUGGCGAGUUGCACUUUAAAGUUUGACUAUGCUAAUCUGUUUGUUGAAUACUUUGAUAAUUACAUUUCAACUCUGAGCACCAUUGAUAUUCUUCUAAUUUCUAAUUAACACACGGCACCACUGAGUUACUACUUUUGUGUGUUUAAAUAUGUAUAGAACAUGUAAAAGCAUUUAAAUAAAUGUUGUUGAUAUUGAUCUAAA